AAUAUAGCGGAAAAGAUUUUUUUUUGUUAAGAAGUGAAACAUUUCUGUAUUGUGGUGAAGAAAAAAAAAAGUUAUGAGAAAUUUGCAAAGAAUGUUUUCUAACAUCUUCAGAUAUCAACAAAGAUCAUAGUUGUUGGAAAUAUAGCGGAAAAGAUUUUUUUUUGUUAAGAAGUGAAACAUUUCUGUAUUGUGGUGAAGAAAAAAAAGAGUUAUGAGAAAUUUGCAAAGAAUGUUUUCUAACAUCUUCAGAUAUCAACAAAGAUCAUAGUUGUUGGAAAUAUAGCAGAAAAAAUUUUUUUGUUAAGAAGUGAAACAUUUCUGUAUUGUGGUGAAGAAAAAAAAAAAGUUAUGGAAAGUGAAAUAUGGGAGAACAAGGCUAAAUUUAAAGCAGAGUCGGAAAGAAAUGAUUUUUCUGAUGUUGCAUUGAAAGAGAAAGAAAAAACACUGUACUAUUGUGAUAUCUGUGGCAGAUCAUUCUCUCAAAAAGGUACUCUCACUACCCACAAACGUAUUCAUACAGGAGAGAAACCAUAUCACUGUGAUAUCUGUGGCACAUCAUUCUCUCUAAACCAUCACUUAACUAUACAUAAACGUAUUCAUACAGGAGAGAAGCCAUAUCGCUGUGAUAUCUGUUGUAAAUCAUUUUCUCGAAGUUGUGAAUUAACGACACAUAAACACAUUCAUACAGGCGAGAAACCGUAUCAUUGCGACAUCUGUGGUAAAUCAUUCUCUGGAAGUAGUAACUUUUCCAGACACAAACGUAUUCAUACAGGGGAGAAACCAUAUCAUUGUGAUAUCUGUGGUAAAACAUUCUCUGGAAGCAGUGACUUAAGCAAGCACAGACGUAUUCAUACAGGAGAGAAGCCAUAUCACUGUGAUAUUUGUGAUAAGUCAUUUUCCGUAAGCAGUGACUUAAUUAUACACAAACGUAUUCAUACAGGUGAAAAACCAUAUCACUGUGAUAUCUGUGGUAAAUCCUUCUCUCAAGCAAGUGAGUUAACAAAACACAAACGUAUUCAUACAGGAGAGAAACCAUAUCAUUGCGUUACCUGUGGUAAAUCAUUUUCACAUGGAAAUACCUUGACUAUACACAAACGUAUUCAUACAGGUGAGAAACCAUAUCACUGUGACACCUGUGGUAAGGCGUUCUCUCAAAAAAGUAACUUAACUACACAUAAACGUACACAUACAGGAAAGAAGCCUUAUCACUGUGAUAUCUGUGGUAAAUCAUUCUCUGAAACUAGUUACCUAACUAAACAUAAACGCCUUCAUACAGGAGAGAAUCCAUAUCAGUGUGAUAUCUGUGGUAAAUCUUGCUCUGGAAGUACUGACUUAACUAUUCACGUACGCACUCAUACAGGAGAGAAGCCAUUUCACUGUGACAUCUGUGGUAAAUCUUUCUCCCAUGGAAAUACUUUAACCAUACACAGGCGUAUUCAUACAGGGGAAAAACCAUAUCACUGUGAUAUCUGCGGUAAAUCAUUCUCUGAAAAAGGUACCUUAACUAUUCACAAACGUAUUCACACAGGAGAGAAACCUUAUUGUUGUGAUAUCUGUGGUAAAUCAUUCUCUCAAAGACCUCACUUAGCUGAGCACAAACGUAUUCAUACAGGAGAGACACCAUAUCUUUGUGAUAUCUGUGGUAAAUCAUUCACUCAAUUAUAUAAUUUAACUACACACAAACGUAUUCACACGGGAGAGAAACCAUAUAACUGUGAUAUCUGUGGUAAAUCAUUCUCUGAAAAUAGUACCUUAACAACUCACAAACGUAUCCAUACAGUGCAGAUAUUUCUCAUUAAGCCUUUAUCCUUUAAACUGGCCAUGUCCAGCUCAGAUAUUCUAGCUGUUUAA